AAGCCACCUUCUCCACCACCAUCACCACCUCCAAAUCCUCCUCCAGAGCCACCAGCCCCUCCAAUUCCACCUCCACCGCCCUUUUCAAAACCUCCACCUACUCCGCCACCCUUUCCAAAUCCUCCACCGACUCCACCGCCAGCUCCACCACCUGCACCAAUUCCACCACCAACUCCGCCACCCUUUCGAAACCCUCCACCAACUCCACCACCAGCACCACCUCCAUCUCCACCACCUGCACCAAUUCCACCACCAACUCCGCCACCUUUACCUCCACCAAAUCCAGCCCCACCACCAGAACCACCACCUAAACCACCACCAGCUCCACCUCCUCCACCAGCGCCACCACCUAAACCACCGCCAGCUCCACCUCCUCCACCAGCGCCACCACCAACUCCGCCACCUUUACCUCCACCUAAUCCAGCACCACCUCCUGAGCCACCUCCUAAGUCUCCACCUCCUCCACUACCACCUAACCCUCCACCACCUCCAGCUCCACCACCUACACCAACUCCUCCACCUUUACCUCCACCAAAUCCAGCACCACCUCCUGAGCCACCACCUAAGCCUCCACCUUCUCCACUACCACCUAACCCUCCACCACCUCCAGCUCCACCACCUACACCAACUCCUCCACCUUUACCUCCACCAAAUCCAGCACCACCACCAGAGCCGCCACCUAAACCUUCACCCCCUCCCGCUCCUCCACCUCCACCUCCACCUCCACCAACUCCUCCACCCUUACCUCCACCGAAUCCUCCGCCAGCUCCACCACCCUCGCCCCCACCAAAUCCAGCACCACCACCUAAGCCUCCACCAAGAUCAUCAUCCCCAUCAUCGAAGGUGUCAACCUUAGGCUUGCGACCCUCAGCAAACACUACAAUGCAUAAGAGAACCACUCCCAGUGAGAGGGCCACGAAAGCCACAUUGCCUUUCGUCAUCAACCUCGCUAUCUUCUUAGUGAACACUUCUGAACUUUACACUUAUGCUCUACACAAUGUGCAUGAGAGCUAUUUAUAUAGGAGAUCGGUGUGGGGAGAGAGAGAGGUGGGAUUAAUGCAUGUAGUUGAGGAGGAGCCCGUAAUUUCAAAAUUUUCACAUUGA